AGUAGUAUCACCAACAAUGUCUGAUAUACCGAAGCUUUUGCAACCAAUUGCAGAGGAGAUAAAGAAAGGAAAGAAAGUUACCUUCUUCAAUGGAGCUGGUAUUUCUACAAAAGCAGGUAUACCUGAUUUCCGAAGUCCUAAGACAGGAUUAUAUGCUAAUUUAGCCAAAUUAAAUCUACCUUAUGCUGAAGCUGUGUUUGACAUUGACUAUUUCAGAGAAAGUCCAGAAGCAUUUUAUACUUUAGCCGAUGAACUUUACCCCGGAAAGUUUGCUCCUACUAAGUAUCAUCAUUUAAUACGGUUGUUACAGGAUAAAAACCAACUUAGAAGAGUAUAUACACAGAACAUUGAUACAUUAGAGAGAAUAGCUGGGGUUAGAGAUGAGUUUAUUAUAGAAGCACAUGGUUCUUUUGCAAAGAACCAUUGUAUUGAUUGUUCGGAAGAAAUGUCAACUGAAAGAGUUAAAGAAUUGAUGUCCAACAAAGAAAAGAAUAAUGGUGUUCCAAUCUGUGAAAGCUGUAAAGGAUAUGUGAAGCCAGAUAUUGUCUUUUUUGGAGAAGGCUUACCGGAAAAGUUGUUUGAGACUUGGCUGGAAGACGAGAAAGAAAUAGAAAUUGCUUUAGUAGGAGGAACAUCUUUAACGGUUUAUCCUUUUGCAUCAUUUCCUUUAGAACUCCAUAAAGACUGUACAAGAGUAUUGAUAAACAGAGAAAGAGUUGGGAAUUUCACUAGAAAAAAGGAUACUGUUCUUUUACAUGAUUGUGAUGAAAUAGCCACAGAACUAUGCGAAUUAUUGGGUUGGGCUCUGGAGCUUGAAGCCUUGGUGAAAGCUGAAUUAAACGAAUCAAAUGUAGAAGAGAACGAAGAAACUGUUUUAGAAGGAUUAGAAGAAGCUAUUUCCAAGCUUGCGAUCAAAGAGAAGGAAGGUUCCAAGGAAGAAUCUGAAAAAGAGAUAACUAAAGAGACAAAUUCGAAAGAUGAUUCUACCAAAGUAGAUGUUAAAGAUGUUUCUUCUAAAGAAAUUGUGUCAAAGGAUGACGAGAAAGAUAAUGUUUAGUAGCCUAUUUUUAUAGUACUGUAGUAGAAAAAAUAUACACAAAAUAUUUACAA